GUAUAGGGUAACAAAUAAACUGGAUCAAGAACCAUCCUCUGUUGAACAGAUCAACCAUGUCACUUAAGCAAAAGCUUCAGAGUGCCACUUCCAUCCUAGGAGGGGGUGCUGUGCUAUUCGUCGGCAUCAAUAUCGCCAAUGGCAACGAGAAGUUCUACCGUGACUUUGUGAUGCCAGUAUUCCGUUGGGUUGAUCCAGAGAGAGCGCAUGUCUUGGCCGUGAAAGCCGCAGCUUGGGGUCUGGUGCCAAGAAGCAAAUACAAAGAUCCUCCUAUACUGCACUGCAAGGCCAUGGGUCUAGAAUUCACCAACCCCCUUGGUAUGGCAGCGGGGUUUGACAAGCACGCAGAGGCCAUGAAUGGUCUCCUUAAGACUGGCUUUGGAUUCGUAGAGGUCGGCAGUGUCACCCCUGAACCCCAAGAAGGAAACCCGAAACCCAGAGUGUUCAGACUGACAGAAGACAAGGCGAUUAUCAAUAGAUAUGGAUUUAAUAGUGUUGGACAUGAUGUAGUACAUCAAAGGCUAAAGGAAAGACAAAAGAAAGCAGCACAUCUACCUCAAGAUCAAAGAGGUAUCAUCGGCGUCAACCUCGGCAAGAACAAGACCUCCCCAAGUGCGGUCCAGGACUAUGUGGAUGGUGUGAAGAAGCUAGGCUGCUUUGGGGACUACCUGGUCAUCAAUGUUUCUAGUCCAAACACACCAGGCCUGAGAGCCAUGCAGGGAAGGCAACAGUUGGCAGAGCUUAUUGAGCAGGUAGUUGCCACGCGAGAUCUCUUGCCUUGUACACCCAAACCUCCAGUUCUCGUCAAGAUAGCUCCUGAUUUAACCCAAGCUGAUAAGGAGGAUAUAGCCGCAGUGGUCAUGGGCAAAAAGGGUUCUGUAGAAGGCAUCAUCGUAACCAACACAACGAUAACCCGUCCCGAGAGCUUGGAGGGGAAACAUAAGGGAGAGACUGGUGGAUUGAGUGGUGUUCCUUUAAAAGACAUGUCCACGGCAACAGUCAGUGAUAUGUACAGAUUAACAAAUGGUAAAAUGACUAUCGUUGGAGUGGGUGGGGUCAGCUCAGGUCAAGAUGCCUAUGAGAAGAUCAAAGCUGGAGCCUCAUUGGUUCAACUCUACACCGCAUUUGCAUACGAAGGACCGCCUCUCCCGUCAAAGAUUAAGAGAGAGUUGGAGGACUUGCUGAAGAAAGAUGGUUUUAGUUCUGUAUCAGAAGCAGUUGGAGCUGACCACAGAUAACAAGACAUCAUGUGACCUUCACAGACAGUGAUACAU